GGUGAUUUCGAUGAUAGCGGUCCUCAAUAUGAUUCUGCAAAAUUAAUUAUGAAUCAUAAACUUUCAGCACAACCACAUGAUGAUGACCAUUCGAAAGAAGCUUUACCCGAAUCUGGGCUUUCAUCCUAA